AUGUUCAAGAAUGGAAAACCAGUACCAUGUUAUCCACUGGAACAUGCACUGUCUAAAUUCCAGGUAUUUCUUCAGAAGUUCAAUAAUCCUGUUUUGUUUGCUCACAAUUGUCAACAGUUUGACAGUGUUGUACUGUGCCAUGCUAUGCAGAGUGUGCCAAAUUUGAAAUUGGAAGAAAGUUUUUGUGGUUUCUGUGACACUCUUCACUUGAUGAAAGGAAUUUUGCCACCUCAGAAAAGCUAUUCUCAGGAAGCACUUGUUGAUGUUAUUUUGAAUGAGAAAUAUUCAGCACAUGAUGCUCUUGAAGACUGUAAAUAUCUACAGAAACUUGUAAAAUAUCUGUUGAAUGAUGUUGAUGCUCAGUAUAUUUCACAUACAUUCAAUGUACAAUAUGUUUUUUGUGUUUUAGGACAGAAAACCCUUAGACAAGAAAAUUUCAUCUCUAUGCAGCCACUCGUCAGAGGUAAAUGUAUUUCAGAAAACAUGGCUAAGAAAAUUGCAAAUUCAGGACUUUGUCUGCAUCAUUUGAAAUUAGCAUUUCAUAGAGAUAGUCAUGAUGGAAUAAGAAUUCUCUUUUCUGAGAAAACAAAUGGGAAAGCAAGAGUCACAAACAGGACCAAAAUAAUCUCAUCUGUAUCUCAGUUCCUUCAAGAUCAGUUUAGUGUUCCUAAAUCAUGA